CGCAGCCCUCACCACCCCACGAAGCAGCCGUGGGAACCAGCCUACGGGAGAGCCUGCCCCGGCAGGCCCGAGGGGAGGGCGGGUGUACCACCAAGGCUUGCUGGGGCAGGCCAUGGGAAUGGCAGUGAGGGAGUUAACCACCACCACUUGCUGUUCUAGGAGGAAAAAUUCCCCAUGAACGCAGUGGCCUUCUUGGUCUCAUUCCAGGGCUAAGAGCAGGAGCUGAAAACUGGAGUUCAGGCGUGCGACCAGCUCUCCUGCUGUAGCACGCACGCCAGGGGGACAAUUGUCCUGCUGCCACGAGCCAUCUGUCCACACACCCACCUGUCCGCUUGGUUGUCCACUGCUCGUCUGUUAACCUGUCUGCCUGUCCUUCUGUAAUCCCGCCUUUGUCCAAUUGUCUAUCUGACCAUCCUUCUCUUGCUGUCUUCUCUCCAGCUGUCCGGCCCACCUAUUAAUCUGUUUGUCUGUCUGUCCUAUCACCUGCGAGUCCCUCUGUGAAUUGUCCUGUCCAUUUAGCCACGCAGCCGUCUGUGCAUCUGUCUGCCCACUGGCCUCCCCUCUCCAGUCUCCUCUCGGGGCUGCGGAGCCAUGGCCCAGGGCUACGGGGUCACGAUGGGCGUGGUGCUUCUGGGGCUGGGCCUGGCCCUGGCCAUCAUUGUGCCCGCCGUGGUCCUCUCUCGCCACUACCCCCGCUGUGGCCCCCGGGCCUUUGCCCAUGCUGCAGUCGCCGCUGACUCCAAGGUCUGCUCGGACAUUGGACGAGACAUUCUCCAGCAGCAGGGCUCACCCGUGGAUGCCACCAUCGCGGCUCUCAUCUGCACCAGUGUUGUCAACCCCCAGAGCAUGGGCCUGGGCGGGGGGGUCAUCUUCACCAUCUACAAUGCGACCACAGGGAAGGCGGAGGUCAUCAAUGCCAGGGAGACGGUGCCUGCCAGCCAUAACCUGGAUAUGCUGGACCAGUGUGAACACGCCCAACCACUGGGCACAGGGACCCUGUGGAUAGGCGUGCCCGGGGAGCUCCGUGGCUACGCCGAGGCCCACCGCCGCCACGGCCACCUGCCCUGGGCGCAGCUGUUCCAGCCCACCAUCAAGCUGCUCCGCGGGGACUACCGCACACCCUCCGUCCUCAGUCAGUUCCUGAACAACAGCUUGCUGCGCCGUUUCUUGCUGGCCUCCUCCCUGAAGCAGCUCUUCUUCAAUGGGACACAGCCCCUGCAGGCUCAGGACCCUUUCCCCUGGCCCGCAUUGGCUGACACGCUGGAGACAGUGGCCAGGGAAGGCGCAGAGGUCUUCUACUCAGGGAAGCUGGGCCAGACGCUGCUGGAGGACAUUGCCAAGCAAGGCAGCAACCUGACCAUGCGGGACCUGGCAGCAUUCCAGCCGGAGGUGGUGGACGCCCUGGCCAUGCCUCUGGGGAACUUCACCCUGUACUCCCCGCCUGCGCCUGCAGGGGGUGCACUUCUCAGCCUCGUCCUCCGCGUGCUAGAAGGGUUUAACUUUUCUGCGAAGUCAGUUGCCAGUUCUGAGGGGAGUGUGGACUUGUACCAUCGCCUCGUGGAAACGCUCAAGUUUGCCAGAGGGCUGAGGUGGCGGCUGUGGGACCCUCGAAGUCACCCGGAAGUGCAGAACAGCUCCGGGGAGCUGCUGGGGGAGGCUCUGGCCCAGCACAUCCGCCAGAAGAUCGACGCCCGGGGUGACCACCAGCUCAGCCACUACAACCUGGGUGGGACCCAGAGCCACGGAACGGGCACGGCCCACGUGUCUGUGCUGGGGGAGGACGGCAGCGCCGUGGCUGCCACCAGCACCAUCAACACCCCCUUCGGGGCGAUGGUGUACUCACCGCGGACAGGCAUCCUCCUCAACAAUGAGCUCCUGGACCUCUGCUGGAGGCGCCGGCCUGGCUCCGCGGUGGCCCCCCGACCGGUUCCAGGUGAGCGGCCCCCAUCAUCUAUGGUCCCUUCCAUCCUGGUCAACGCAGCGCAGGGGUCGAAGCUGGUGAUCGGAGGGGCUGGUGGGGAGCUCAUCAUCUCUGCUGUGGCCCAGGCCAUCGUGAACAAACUGUGGCUUGGUUUUGACCUGGGAGCAGCCAUUGCAGCCCCCAUCCUGCAUGUGAACGACAAGGGUCAGGUGGAAUACGAGUCCAGAUUCAGCCAGGAGGUGCAGCGGGGGCUCCAGCUCCGGGGCCAGAGCGCGAGCAGCAGGCCCUUUUUCCUGAACGUGGUCCAGGCCGUGUCCCGGGAUGGGGCCUGUGUGUACGCCGCCGCAGACCCGCGGAAGGAGGGGGAGGCCGCAGGCUACUGAGGAGGCUGCUCCUGAGAGUUGGCGUCUGGCUCAACGUCAGUGCGUGGCCCAGGCUGGCCACGGCCAUGACUGUGAGACUGAGUGUUCCUCCAGGACCUGGGCCCCUCGGCUGGGGAGUCAGCCUUGGGUAGCCAGAGUUGGGGACACUGUGGACGGGGGCUGAGCCCUCCCUCAGAGCUUCUGGUGGCCCUGCCCUGGCCCUGCCGGCCUUCCCCAGGCCUCUCCCCCAGGCCCUGGCCCACCCUCCCCCUGCCCCCACUGCCCAGCUGUAUAUCUUCCCGUUCAAGAUUAAAGAAGAGGCCGACCACAGCCUCAUUCAGGGUUGAGGUGAGGGAGGGGCCUUCAGAAAGCAUCACACUGGUUCCUAUAACCCUUUCCGAUUAACCAUAGUAGAACAGGGCAGCUGCAGCCCAGAGGCAGCUGGGCCCAUCCAGGCCACCCUUGGAUAGAAGCAGCACCCCCAUCACUUGCUGGGGCUCCAAAAUGUGGCUGCUGGGGGCCACUUACUGGGGAAAAGGCAAGGGUGUGGCCCGGGGGCCCUUGGCCAAGGCCUGUCUCUGAGCCCUGCCUCGCGUGCCAGGAGAGUGUUGGGUGCAGCAAGACCUAAGAGCCUGGCCCAACAGCCCAUGGUCUCCCCCUGGGCACUGCUGACACUUUGGGUGACGCAUUCUUUGCCGCAGGGGCUGUCCCCACAUUGUGGGGUGUGGGGCAGCAUCCCUGGCCUCUACCCCCUAGAUGCAGCAGCAGCACCCCGUCCCCAACAGCGAGCCACCAAAUCGCCCCGAUUGAGAACCGCUGCUCCAAAUGAGCCCCCAAAUUCUGUGAACAGCGCUGCCUGCUGGCAGGUGGGCCACCCUCACAUUGGGGGGAUCCUCGCUGGACUGACUGGACCCCACACUAGUUCCUGAGGGCACUUGGGCUUCCCUUGUCACCCCAAACACCCCUUGGGGGCGCGGCUCUACCUGGCAGGGCGGAGCAGCGUCACCUCUGAGUCCUCACUUCCCACUCUGUCCUGGAGUCGGGCCAGCAGGAUGGGGGCGCGUGUUCGCUCUCUGUGCCUGCAGAGACAGGAGCCCACAAACGGAGCGCCUCCAAACAGCAGGAAUCUGUUCUCUCCCGGGCUGGGGGUCCGAAAUCAGUCUCACUGGGCAGAAGUCAAGGUGUGGGUGGGGCCGCGCUCCCCCAGGGCUCUGGGGAGACUCCUUCGGCCUCUUCCAGCUACUGGAGGCUGCUGGUGUUCCCGGACCUGUGGCUGUGUCUCUCCAUCCUCCCUUCUGUGUGUGUGGAAUCUCCUCCUGCUCUGGGCCAGUCUAGGUGGGGAAGGCACCUUCGGAAAGUAUAAGGACACUGAAGGACAGACAGGGCCCCCACAGAGAGGUCAGGAUGAUCUCCCCGUCUCACAGCCUUAACUCAGUCACAAAGUCGCUUUGCCGUACGAGGCAACCUUCAUAGCCUCCAUGCAUCGGGACGGGGACAGACUUGAGGACUGCUACUUAGCUGGCCACAUGGGUGGCGAGCGGUCGACAUCCCUGGUCCUGGCUUGACUGGGAGGGAAGAGGCAGUAAUCUGGCAGGUUUGGGAGAAAGGUCGGGGACCACAGCACACUCUGGGAUGCACUGAGGCCACCUGGAAGCCACCAACCCCUCCCUGGGUCCAGCUUUGGGAGGCCAUUCGGGGAGCAGACUUUGUGCAAGGGCAAGUCUGGGUCAGGGGUCAGGGGAGGCAGAAGAGGUGGGCUUAGACAGAAGCAGAGCAGAGGGGCUUCAUCCCUGGGGCUGUCACCCACCUGGAGGCUCAAUCACCACUUGUGAGAGCCUGGGAAACCUGACCCAGGCUCUGGAGCUUCAGGCCACAUGCCCACUCUACCUCCUUCAGAGCACGUGGGCCCACAGGGAGCUCAGACUUGAAACACCAAACCAGGAAGCCAGUCCUAAGGCAGCAAGAAGCUCUCUGGUGUCGGCCACUCCGCCUUCCCAGAUUACUCUCUGCUCUCCCUCCAGCCACAUGGCUCGGCCCUGGGUCCCUCUCUGCCUUCUCGCCACUGCCGCCAUCUUGUUCCAUUCCACACUCAUGACAAUGACGAGUCUUGGACAAACACACCUGCCCCAGCCACAGGCAGCCCAGAGCCCUGGGUCCCUGCAGCCCUGGGAAGAAGCCCACUUCUCUCCCUCCCUGCUCGUCCUGCCCCAGGGGACUUGUCCAGCCCCUGCCCACACCCCAGCUGGACCCCCCCGGCAAGGUAUUCCCAGCCCAGCCAGCCAUCCCAACACCGGCUCUCCAAACCUAUCACACAGAGGGAAUCAAAACCGAGACUGUAAAAAGAAUGCAGAGACUUCCGCCAAGAUGGAGGCAUAGGUGGAUGUGCCGUGCCUUCUCACACAACCAAGAUUAAACUAAAUAUUAGCAACAGAAAACACAGCCAGAACACAGAAAAUUGAACUUUUCAGAAGUCCGUUAACAACAAAUUCUUCAGCCUGACCGGUAAGGGGCGAAACCAGCGGCUGGCGGAGCAGGGUUGCACAGGAGGACUCGGCCAGACACACUCAGGCCCGCGGAAUCCAGGCGCAGGGUCAGACCUAGUGAGCGACCCAGCGAGCAACCAGGCGAGCGACCGCGGGGAGACAGCCGGGCCCGGGGCUGUGUGUUGACUGAGGUUGCGCAUUUGUGCGAGGGUGGACAGGCGAGGGAGUGGGCGGUUGGACCAGGCCGGCAGGUCCCCACGGCAAGCGGCAGUGGAGGGCGCUGCCAUUUCCCUGCUCUGACCCCACCUCCACAUACAGCGUCAUAACCCAGCGACUCUGAGCGGCCUGCCCAGGUGAACCACCUAAGGCACUGCUCCUCCACACCCAGCUGUGAGAAGCUGCAGAGGGGGUCGCCAUUUCCCCGCUCGGGCCACGCCCCCACAUACAGCGUCACAACCCAGCGACCUGGGAAUCCAAGGCGCCGCUUCUUAAAGGGCCCGAACAGACCAAGAAUGGCGCAGGAGGAUCUCAGAGCCCCAGAGCCAAUAAAUCUAAGCGAUGAAGAAAUAGCAAAACUCACAGACGCACAGUUUAAAACAUUGGUGAUCAGGAUCCUCACAGAACUGGUUGAUUAUACCGACAAAUUAGACAAAUAUAUGAAGGCGAAACUAAUUGAAAUGAAUGGAAUUGCACAGGACACCAAUAGCAAUGAAAAGGAAACUGGGACUCAAAUCAAUGGAGUGGACCAGAAGAAAGCAAAUAAUGGCCAAACAGAAAAGAGUCAA